CGAGCCCUAGGCGCGGGGACCGGGGAGCCGGCCGAAGGUGAUGGCCGCCAGGCGGAGGACCCCAGGUUCCGUCGUUCCUUUUGUCGGGUGAGGAGCGCAGAGCCAACGGCCCCACAAAGGCUCGGGAAAGCGGAGCUCCGCGGUGCGCGCGCCGCUGCAGUCCCGUGGUACAGGCAUGGAUGGGAAGAAAUGCAGCGUAUGGAUGUUUUUACCUCUUGUAUUUACUUUGUUUACUUCAGCUGGAUUAUGGAUAGUAUACUUUAUAGCUGUGGAAGAUGACAAGAUUUUCCCAUUAAAUUCAGCUGAAAGAAAACCUGGUGUGAAGCAUGCACCAUAUAUAAGUAUUGCAGGUGACGAACCUCCUGCAAGCUGUGUGUUUAGUCAAGUUAUGAACAUGGCAGCAUUCCUAGCUCUUGUGGUAGCUGUUCUACGCUUCAUACAACUGAAGCCCAAGGUCUUAAAUCCGUGGUUGAAUAUUAGUGGAUUGGUGGCGCUGUGUCUGGCUUCCUUUGGGAUGACCUUACUUGGUAAUUUUCAGCUCACAAAUGAUGAAGAAAUCCAUAAUGUCGGAACUUCUUUGACCUUUGGGUUCGGCACGUUGACCUGCUGGAUCCAGGCUGCGUUGACACUCAAAGUCAACAUCAAGAACGAAGGACGGAAAGUUGGAAUUCCACGAGUUAUUCUGUCAGCAUCUAUCACUCUCUGUGUGGUCCUCUAUUUCAUCCUCAUGGCCCAGGGCAUCCACAUGUAUGCAGCCAGGGUCCAGUGGGGUCUGGUCAUGUGCUUCCUGUCUUAUUUUGGCACCUUUGCUGUGGAGUUCCGGCAUUACCGUUACGAGAUUGUUUGCUCCGAGUACCAGGAGAAUUUCCUAAGCUUCUCAGAAAGCCUGUCUGAAGCUUCUGAAUAUCAAACCGACCAGGUGUAACCGAUCCAUUUUUCCUUGCUGAGGAGGUGGGUGUGAUGGGGGGGAAGAGCCAGGAGGACACACCCACAGGACUUGGUACACAACCUAACACAUUUUACACACAUGUUCAUGGCCACAUUUGCCAAAUGAGCUUUUCAGGGCAAGUUCUUUCUUUAACUAAAAAGCACAAGCCCUUAUGUGUCGAAAUACACGCUGUUACACUGAAAAUAUAUGCACGAUGGAGCAAGAAGCUUGUGCAUGAUCACUUUUCUUUUCCCUCUCUCUCCUGAGACUCCCUACUCUUCUCAUUUCUUCACAUAUUUCAGACAUCGUGAUCACCCUACCAAGAGUAGGGCGGGCCAAAUGAAACAUGGGAAUAAUGCCAACUCCCAAAGUUGCCUUCAGAUCCAAAGGGCUUAGAACCAGCUCAUGAGGAAGUUCUGAAUCUGGCACUUAUACUCUUGAGUGGAUUGAGCAUCAUUUAAUUGGAUGGAGACUGUAUAGAGGUGUGACCCUGUGUAAUCUAUGGAAAGGCAUGGGGUUAAGAACUUGCCCAUCAAAACUCCCUUCAUCAUUGUUCGGUGGUCGGCUAUGUGGAGUCAAUGAAAGGCAUGUGCUACAAACCCACCACCAUGAUUUGGACUUUACUGUGACUGAGAAAUAUUUGUGAAUAUUUGUAGGGAUGUGGUCUGCCAGGCAUGGAACAAGAUGGGGGCAGAGAGGGCAUGGUUUCGUUUUUGCUUCCAUAGUAGGCUAUGUACGGCUUUUGUUUUAUAUUUCAUGGUUUGCCUUCUUUUUUUUUCUUUAAGUAAUAAUUACCAUAGGUCUCUCAAGGCCUCGUGGACAAAGAAGAUGUAGGCCAAAUGCAAGAGCUGAGCUUGUUUUGGGUUCAACCAUGAUAAAAGAAAAAGGAAAAAAAAAAUAGGUGACCCACAGGCUUAAUUUGCUGCUUUUAUGUUCAAAGCUAAGAAAAUGUUCACAGGAAAGCACAAAGAAGUAUUUGUGGAGGUAAUAAAAAGAGCCUCUGCUGGACAUUUAUAAAAGGAGUCUUAGAGCAUCUUGUUGCAAGUCCAGAUCAAAGGAGAGUUUCCUUAUAUGUAUCUAUAGCUCAAAUUUAGUGUGUGGGGGGGUUAAGGUCUUUUUCAUACUUGGAAUUUGUAGAAACCAGUUAAAAGAUUAUCCUUCACCCCAAAACAAACUGGCAUGGCUGAUCCCCUACUGUCCAACAUAUGCUUUCCAGCCUUGAAGUUUAGAAUGCAAGCUCUAGUCCAGACUUUGAGACUGUAUUUUAUAAAGGGCAAAAUUCUAAGUUCAAAAUGCCCUGGAGUGGGCCAUGUUGACAGACCCUCCAUGAGUGCACUUUGCUUCAAGAAGUCCCCAGAUACCCUUCACAGGAGCCUGGGAUCUCGUGGAAUAUAAUGUGAAAAACAUUGUUUUUUAAUUCAAUCCAAACUCAGAUUCUUGAGGAAGCAGUCUAUGACUUUUUAUCUCUGUAUUUUUCUCUGCCUCCCAGCACAGUGCCUGGCACAUGUAGGUGCUCAACAAAUGUCUGUUAAAUGGACUUACUGGGAAUUUAAGCAUAGGAAAUAGGAGUAUCAGAGAAAGACUCAAAGAUGAGAGAGCAGAUGACUGUUUCAAGCAAGACAGGAAUGGAAGAAAUCCUAGAGAAGGAUCAGAUACCUAUGAGUGAUAGGUGAAAUGUGAGAGAAAAAAAUCAAGCAGAGAGCAUUCUCCUAGGAAAAAGGCAUUUUACUGUAAAUAAUCCAAGGUGACAUUUAUUAUUUUUGAAUACUGCUUUUGGGUUUGUUUUUUCAUUUUUAUAUUUUAAAAAUUUUACCAGAAAACCAAGAUUUGUGAGGUUUUCUCUUAUUCUACACAAUCCAAAUUAAACAGCUUUUGGUGAUGCAUUGUACACUUUCUUAAGAGUAUAUCUAAAUAGCACAUUUAAACAGAAUCAAGCAAUGGCUGGCAUUAUUCAUUGGGAUCUGACCACUAAAUAAAAUUCUUUUAUGCAGAAUUA